AUGGCAGGCUUCAGCCGUUCGUUUAAGCCAUCUUCAUACCUGUCUUCUAUGAAAAGACGACCACCUCCACCUUCGAGAAAUAUGUCAAGCUCAUCCGAAGCGUCGCCUCUCUCAUCACCCGACAUCCGGCAAGACGAUAUUAUCUUCUCUACGAGACCUUCGCCAACACCGACGAUGGAUAAUCCAUCGCAAAAACAACACGGAGCUUCUCCAAAUCUCAGACCUAUUGGUGGAAAAAAAGAUCCGGUGCUUUUCGAUGCUCCUAGGUCAACACCUGCUCGAGCCAAACCAAUUGCAAUCGAGUUACCCACUGUAAAGAAGGUUAAUAGUGCUCCCGUUUACACUCCACCUGCACCUCUUUCAGCUCGCGGCGAUCUUCCUGGUGGUUAUUUUCCCUUACACGAGGAGCAAGCCCGUAUUUAUCGUCCUCACCCGUUUCAGCUUGAUGCUUCUCAGGCCCGUAUGAAAUCCAUCGAACGUGCGAGCCUGUCCAACUCCCCCGGCCCUGAGAAAACCACUUCCGCUAAAGCGUCGAAGGGAGUUAUUCCUUCUACUACGGCUCCCGUAACUAUGCCAGAAUCUAGUUUCGAUUCCAGGUCUGAUACCCCCGUUGCCAGCUACAUGCCGACUGGCACCCAGGACAGCCCUCUACCAAUGGGCAAGUAUUAUCCUUCCAACUAUGUGAAGAGAAAAGAAGAAAAGCGAAGCCGACAGACUCGCCCAUCAACGUCAACCUCAUUGCCUCCGAUGGGCUCCAAGUCGGAAUCACUUGUAUCUACCACAAGAGACUCUGCUACGUUGGGCCAUUCACGGAACGAGUCCGAUGCGAAACGUAGAUUGCAGCAGUACCAGCGAGAUAUGAUUGCUCAAGCGACGCUGGCUCUUAACGGUGGAAAUGUCAACGCGGCAACGCUAAGUUCAUUAAGGACGAUCGGGUUUACAGCCGUGCCCGGGCCCGGCAAGCCAAGACUGGCACCUUUGGGAUCUCCUGGACCCGUGACACCUAUGGAACUCGAAAAUGCCCAGGAUGGUUACUUGGGAGCACGGAGCACUGCGGAUAUCCAAGUUGAAGAGAUCGCACGGGCUAUAAGAGCCGAAGAGGAACGCAAACGACGAGAGGGUACGACAUCACCCACUGUUGAGCUGGGACCUAGCACAUUUUAA